UUCAUUUUCACCUAAUCUUCACACAAUCCCCUUUCAUCCCUCCAUAAAUUCGCUCCUUCCACUUCUCUCCCUUCAAGGACCCUGCCUCCGGUUUCCCCAACGCAAGAUAUGGUGAUCGUGAAGCUUCUUUUCCUUGUCCUCUGCCACUCUGUCUCCACUACUUCAGCUCAGUCGCCGGCCACCGCGCCUUCGCCCUUGUCUGCCCCCACCGAUGUCAUCAGGGUCCUUAAGAAGGCUGGAGGGUUCACCACUCUCAUUCGUCUCCUCAAGACCACCCAGGUCUAUACUCAGAUAAACUCCCAGCUCUUGAACUCCAACAAUGGCAUGACCUUCUUUGCACCCACCGACAAUGCCUUUGCUAGUCUCAAACCCGGGUUCCUCAAUUCCCUCAAUGACCAGCAAAAGAACGAGCUCAUUCAAUUUCACAUGUUGCCCACAUUUGUUGCCGUCUCCAAUUUUGAUACCCUGAGCAACCCGGUGAGAACACAAGCCGGUGAUGAUCCUGAAAGGCUGGCAUUGAACGUCACGAGUUCUGGAAACCAAGUGAACAUGACAACGGGCAUUGUCAACACAACUGUGGGUGGCACUGUGUAUUCUGAUAAUCAGCUUGCUGUUUAUCAGCUGGACCAGGUGCUUCUUCCUCGAGACUUCUUCCUUCCCAAGCCUCCGCCACCGGCAUCUGCUCCAGCCAAGGCCGAGACUUCUAAGAAGAAAUCUACAGAGGGUCCUGCUCCUGCAGCUGACGACUCUGCUGCUCUGAGUUUGAGGCAGAGGAGCGGUAUGUUGGUGAUUAUUGCAGUUGCUGCAGUAGCAUUUUGGUCGUGACAGGGGAACUUGAUUCAGAAAUAUCUUUUGUAGUUCUUCCAAAGUAAUUUCGUUUUGUCCACAUCCCUUCUUGUCUUCUUUUGUGAAUCAAAGUCAAUUUGUGGUGAGCAUUCCUGUUUCUGCUUUGUGUAUUUGAGGAAUAUUGUGUACUCUUGCGAUCAAAGAACUUCUCAAGGGCAAUUAAGAUGGACAUUCGUAGUUCUCUCCAUCA